GGAAAGCUCUCUCGUCUCUCCUCGCGAUAGUCUGCGAUUUCUUCUCUUUGUUCGUCUCUGCUAGGGUUUUGAAGGAAGAAACCACAGAGAACACGGCAUCAAGGCGAUGGUCGUGGAUAGAGAUGGGAAGGAUCUCGAUCAGAAUCAAGGAAGGGAUUGAGCUCUUUCUCCGAUUGGGGGAAACGAGGCUUGAACGGAUCCUUAUGUGGGGUUUCGGAAGAGGUAUUGUUGAGGGAAAAUGGCACUAUGGAUUGGAAUUAUCAGCAGAAGAAAAAAUGGAAGGUCAAGGGAUAAUCUCAAAAAGAGAUUUAUUUGAGAAAGUAAAAAGAAAUAGUGAAGGGAUAAUCUCUGUACGAGAGUCCCGAUUGGGGUGGAAGUGGCGGAUAGCGCUGGAUGGAGUCUAUUUAGAGAUCGAACCAAGCAAGGCUACGUUCACAGAGCUUCAAUUCAAGGAAGGGAGGAGUCGAAGCGAAGGGAAAAACUUUCUGAUUCUUAGUCCUGAAAGAAAACUUCGAGGUAUUGUAACCCUAAACUGGGUUCAGUUUAAUUAUCCUUUUAGAAUGUGGAUCUUUCCAUAUUUGGGUGCGAUUAUAACCUUGUAUGCCAUUCACUAGAUUGCCCAGCGAGUGUUCAAGAUGGAGGUUGUUUCGAGAGUGGUGGAUGCUGACCAGGUGGUAGAAUUUGCUGUUGAGGAUGUUGAGUCUAGAAUGAAGUGGGUUCGUCUGAGUCUGCUGGGCAGACUGUUCAUGGAGAGUCCACCGAGCUUAUCACUGAUCCAGAAGAUUGUGAAUGGGGCCUGGGAGUGUGCUCUGAAAGUCAAGGUUCUGGAAGCAGAAAUGGGACUGCUUCAAUUCUUCUUUGGCUCGAAAAGUGAUAUCAACCGGGUGCUCCAGCGAACUCCUUGGCCAGUUAAGGAUCACGUCUUGCACCUGCAGCCUUGGCAGCCAGUUACACAUGAGCUUGUGGACUCUUUCAUUCAUGUGUCAUUCUGGGUGCAGAUGUGGGGUAUUCCGACGCAUUGUCGCACGAGUGCCUUCGGGAAACGGAUGGCUGAGGCCAAGCUGGGGGAAGUUGUGGAUGUUGGUGCUUAUGCGGUGAAAGGUAACCCAAAUCACUUCAUUAAAGCUAAGACCAAGAUCAAUGGGUAUGAACCGUUGUGUUCCCAAUUGUUUGCGAGUAACCCGGUGGUGGGAGAGUUCUGGGUUCGUUUGAUUUAUGAAUUUCUCCCAAUGUACUGUUAUCACUGUGGGAGAUUGGGCCAUAUGGGGAAGCAUUGCAAAUUCACAGCUCCUACUAGAAUAGAGCACUAUGGCCCUGGUCUGUCCACUAACAUCGCAGGGCAUCGUGUGGAGGAGAGGUUCUAGAUUAAUCAUAGCAGACCUCGGUGUGGAUCAAUCCUGAUCCGAAGGGUGACAAGAAGGCUGAGGGUCAUGAGACGGGUGGAUUUGACCAUGCUGUCGAGCAUAAGGGAGAUGAUGGGGAUGAUGGGGAACCUCACCGCACAGUGGUGCUGGGGUUGCCUGCUGAUCAAGGAAGGGCUCUGUUGGGAGUGAUCAGGUUCCUGGUCAGCAGAGCAAGAAGGCAGAGACUGGGAAGGCUGAAUGUUAGAAGGGCGUGGGUGUCCUGGGAUCAAAAUUUACUCCUGGAUUGGAUGCUAAGGGGUCUGGUUCCCACUCAAAGCCCCAGACCUUUCCUAGUUCGGGCACUAAGGGGUCUGGCUUUAACUCAAAGCCUCAGGCCUAGGCUGGUGGUGGAAGAGGUAAGUCAAAUGUGAUGGGUUUAGGGUCUGGAACAAGAGGCCAAACGUGGGGGAGGGGUACAGGUCAUGUGGCUGCUGGUAUAAAGAGAUUUGAGGGCAAGACUGGUAAAGCAGAGGGACUCUCAAGUGAUGCUAUGGAGCUAGGAAAUAAUAAGGGUUUUAUGCCCGCUGGUUCUGGUAAGAACGCUAAGGGAGAGGCGGCUGGGGCCAAGGUAGGCGAGGUGCAGCCAGGAAUGGCAGCUCCGAAUAUGCAGCAGUAGAGGAGUGCUUAUGGGUUGGAAGGGCGGGAUUCUUUCAAGAUGUCUGCUCUUGAUCUGGAGGAAGGCGAAGUAAAGAAGAGAGUUGCUGGGACUAUUGAGGGCCUGCAUUCAGAUCCGACUCAGCUGAAGAAGGUGCGAAUGGGGGAGGACAAGGUGGAUGGUGGGAGUGUUCACUCAGUUCCAUCAGAGGUGCUUACUGCAGCCGUUGAAGUAGGUCAGGUUGGUGCAGCAGUGGAUCGUGGCAAAAUAGUGGAGGCAACCGACUGUGACGGGGCCCAAUGUGAUAAAUGAGACUUAUUGCUUGGAAUGUGAGGGGCAUAGGGCCUUCCCUCACAUUUCGAUCUCUGUUAGGCCUUUGUAGGACGAAUAAUCCAGAGCUCUUGUUUCUUUCUGAGAUCGGAUCUUCUAGGAGAGUAGUUACUCGCAGGUUGCGGAUCUUCUAAGAGAGCUCUUGUAUCAGUGUUGUUUUCUUCUUCUUUUUAUAUUGCUUGUGGUGUUAUGAAUGAGAAUAAUGAGUUGCAGUAUGUGGUUGUGGGAGUGUACCUCUCUUGCUGUGCUCGUUUGCAGCAGGUGCACGAGUUGUGCUCUUUUUGUGAUGGGUUACACGUCUCGUUUGUGAUUGUGGGGGACUAUAAUUGUAUCUUGAAUGCUACUGAGAAGAGUGGGGGAGUUUCAUGGUCGCCGGAUUCGGCUGUGGCUCUUCGCUCUUGUAUGGAUAAAUUGGGUUUACAGGA